GUGACAUAGAGGAGGAAGAGGAGGUCGGGAGGUCGGGAGGGGGUGGGGAGGAAUCUGAGAAUCCGGACAGGAAGGGAGAGGGAGAGGGAGUGGGAGGCAUUGAUUUGGCGAGAAUUGGAGGGGGGAUUAGAGAGAGGGAGAGAGAGAGAGGAGUAAAGGGAGGGUGAUGUGAAAGAAUUUGAUGAAUAGGAUUUACCCUUUACUUAUUUGCGCUCUGUUGAUUGCGACUUUGUUCUUGCUGCGCAAUCAUAUGAGCGGCUACAUAUUUUACGGGCUUCUGUUCGUGUUGUUUUAUAUGUUCUCCUUCUUCUCGCGCAUCCCUCACAGACUACAAGAGGGCCCUAUUCUCAUGAGAGAGUUCGCAAGCGGGGCUUAGAUUGAUCGAUCGAUUGACUGCUUCGCUGCUUUGAGGCCUCCUCGCGCUCUCUUCCUCUCUUUCUUCUUCGCAUCGCCUCACCUCGCCUCUCCUGGCCUAGCCUCCCUCCCUCCCUCCCUCCCUCCCUGUGUCGAGAGGAGCGCAGCAGCGAUCGCAUUUCCUGUCGUGCAAUUGGGCUGCCACUGACCCUCGGAGGCGAGGACUUGAAGACCUGAAGACUACUACAAGAAUUUGCAAUCAUGGCUCUCUCACAGAUGCAGCAGAGUUCUGACGAAAUCGACGGGACUCUCCAUUCCAUGUUCGCCACCCGCUACGUUCGCACUAGUCUGCCCAAAUACUCGUUGCCCGAGAAAGAGUUGCCGAAAGACGCAGCGUAUCAAUUCAUAAGCGAUGAGUUGAUGCUGGAUGGAAACCCGAGACUCAACCUCGCGUCCUUCGUCACGACGUGGAUGGAACCCGAGUGCGAUCAACUCAUGUUGAAAGCCCUGUCGAAAAAUUACAUCGAUAAGGACGAAUACCCCAUCACCACGGAGUUGCAAAAUCGAUGCGUCAACAUGAUUGCACGUCUGUACCAUGCCCCAUUGGACGAAGGAGGAGUUGGAGUAGGAGCCUCAUGCGUGGGGUCGUCCGAGGCUAUUAUGCUCGCAGGACUGGCAUUCAAGCGAAAAUGGCAAAAGAGGCGCAAGGCAGAAGGAAAACCUUACGACAAACCAAACCUUGUCACCGGGUCCAAUGUGCAGGUCUGCUGGGAGAAGUUUGCCAACUACUUCGAGGUGGAAAUGAAGGAAGUAAAUCUGACGAAGGAUUACUACGUCAUGAACCCGGAAAAGGCAGUAGAACUGGUAGAUGAGAAUACGAUUUGUGUGUGCGCUAUUCUUGGAUCCACUUACAACGGGGAGUUCGAGGACGUGAAGCUACUAAACGAGUUGCUUCAGAAGAAGAAUGCAGAGACAGGGUGGGAUGUAGGAAUUCAUGUCGAUGCUGCUAGUGGAGGUUUUGUCGCUCCAUUUAUAUACCCAGACUUGGAAUGGGACUUCAGAUUGCCACUGGUCAGGAGUAUCAAUGUUAGUGGGCACAAGUACGGGCUUGUGUACGCAGGAGUCGGAUGGGUUGUGUGGCGCUCACAGGAUGACUUGCCGGAGGAGCUCAUUUUCCACAUCAACUACUUGGGGGCAGACCAAGCGUCUUUCACUCUCAACUUCUCAAAGGGUGCUAGUCAAGUUAUUGCGCAGUACUACCAAUUCAUCCGUCUCGGUUUUGAGGGUUACAAAUGCAUUAUGGAGAACUGCAGGGCAAAUGCCGAAGCCUUGAAAGAAGGAAUUGUGAAGACAGGUCUUUUUAACAUCCUGUCAAAGGAUGUAGGCGUUCCGGUCGUGGCCUUUUCUCUGAAAGAUGCCUCUGAGUUCGAUGAGUACGAGCUCUCGGCACAACUCCGAACUACCGGUUGGAUCGUGCCCGCAUACACGAUGGCACCCAACUGCAAGGAUUUGAGACUUCUGCGUGUCGUUAUCAGAGAAGACUUUAGCCGGACUUUGUGCGAAAGGCUGCUAGAGGACUUGGACAGGGCUUUGAAGAAAUUGCAAUCAAAUGCCGUUAAAACUUCCGAGAUUGUUGCCAAAGCUCUGGCCGACGACGCUUUGGCAGGCAAACACCUUGACUUGGAAGUUGAAAAGAAGGCUGUGGUUCUUGCUGCCAAGUCGCCUGACAUUUUCCAAUCUGUGGUCAGAGCACAGAAGGCCGUGAGAUUAUGGAAGCAAAAAUCAGGCCAGAGAAGUAACAACGGUGUGUGCUAAGCAUGAUCCUUUCCUAAAUCUACUACCUCUAAACUGUGGCAUAUAGCCAGACUUGUUAUAGGAAAUUGAUUGCGCGGUGCUAUGUAGAAUUAACUCUUAUUAGAAGGGUUAGAGAAAUCUCCCUCUGUUAGUCGUGGGUUCUUGCUUCUGGGAGUUUUCGACAUCUUCUGUGUGCAGUAGCAGUAGCCAUCAGCUACGAAAUUCGUCAGCAGGACUCUAAAGAUAUUUUCAUUUCCCCACACGUUUGACCGGGGCUACUUCACAUAAAGUGAAGGAUAGAACGCAAAUAAAAAGCUUUUGACUCCAAGGCGAGAUGUAAUCUGGUGGAUCCAUUCAACAAGUAGAGAAAAAUACAGUCAGCAAGCGAUUUUUCUUAAUCAGUGAAGCCUACAGGCACACCU